AUGACAGAAAGCUGAUGAGAUUUGUAUUGCACAGAGGAAACUAGAAACGGAACUUCUAGAUACGACUUAUGAGCCCAACAUACCAACUACAUCACCCUUCACUCUUUACUCCAACUUGAAAAUGACAUUUAGCUUAAUCAAAUCCUUAAUUAAUUAUUCAUUUCUUCUCUUCCAAUUGCAACCAAAUAUCAAAAACAAACCUACUAAUUUUUCUUCACUUGUUUCAUAAUUCAACAUUUUAAUUUCUUCCUCUCUUUAAUGGCAAUCAAGCACAGAAAACUCUUUCCAGCUCCUUCUGCAACUAACCAAACCGUUGAUUGCCCUGAUUUCUGCGAUCCAGCUUGUCCGUACAGCUGUUAUCCUUAUUCCGACUACUAUUUCUUGCCUCCACCGCCGCCGCCUCCGCCGCUCUUACCGGAAGAGCACCACUUAUCACCCUACGUGAUCGUCAUAGUUUCUGUUGUCGCCAGUUUUUUCCUUCUGAUUAGCUAUUACGUCAUCAUAGCUAAAUCCUGUCCUGGUUGGUGCAGUUCAAGGCAGCCGCCGCAGAAUGAAGAAGGAGAUACCACAGAUGAAGAGUUUGUUGACGAGAAUCACGCGGUUGACCAUCCGAUUUGGUUUAUAACCACCGCCGGUUUGCAACAGUCGGUUAUCAACUCGAUUACGGUUUGUAAGUACAAAAAAGGUGAAGGGUUGAUUGAAGGCAAUGAAUGUUCAGUUUGCCUGAGUGAGUUUCAACAAGACGAGACUCUUAGAUUGUUGCCCAAGUGUAACCACGCGUUUCACAUCUCUUGUAUUGAUACUUGGUUUAGGUCUCACACUAACUGCCCGUUAUGCCGUGCUCUUGUCGUCAUCAACGACUCUGUAACCGCUCCGAUUAACCAGAGUUUGAAUCCUCCAGUGGAGAAUUCCGACGUUGAUAGAGAAUUUCGAGAAAGAAUCGAUAACAGAGCCGCACCAGACGAAGGAACUGAAAUAAAUUCAAAAGAAGAGGUUGAUUCUGAUCAUAACAAAGAAAAUUUUGAGAUAAUUUGUGAAAUUCAGCUCAUCAGACGAUCUGUUUCAAUGGAUUUUUUGACAUCAGUUGAAAGUUUGAGUUCUUUUAAACAAAUUACAGGUACCUCUUCUAUUGCAGAAUGUUUGCGUAAAAGUCCAGAUCCUAUGAAAAGAUCAUUUUCAUGCAGUGGUAGGUUUUUCUCAUCAAGACAAAACAGAAACUUUAAUUCAAUUUUACCCCUGUAAAUAUUUGAAUACUCCUUUUUGGAUUACUAUAGAGUUUAUGUUACAUAUAUGCCCUUUGAAUAAGCUAGGGCUUAACAAAUAAGCUGUAGGUUAUUGAAACAUGGAGAGAAAGAAGCAUAAAAGAUAAGUAAUUAGUUGGAUUUGGAAGAGGUUGUGAAUGAAUAAAUAAUAAGUUUCUGUAUCGCAAA